CUUUAAUCUCUGUCCCUACUUGAUAUGAGUCGCGGUUUCGAUUCUUCCUUUGGCCCACCAUCGCAGCCUAUCAACGUCGCAGAUUUUUUACAGCAAGCAAAUUCUGCAGUGCUAUCAGGAUCCUUCACCAAUGUCUCAUGGGAGCAACUGACUCCCGAGCAUAGAAAUGUUGUCGAAGCAGAGAUCAAUGAAAGCAUUUCAGACCUCAAGUCAUCUCUUGAACAAGUAUGGAAUAGCCCUGUAUUGUCAGCGCAUGUACUGCGCCAGCAUGAGUCCACAGUAGCGUCCGUGCGUGGCCAAGCAGAUGCACCGGUACCAAAAGGAAGAAAGCGCAAACGUCACGUUGCUCCAGAAGGUAGCGAAUCCUCCCCAGAAGCACUACAGCUCCAAGAGAAGCUUGACGCUGUCAACCUCAGGUGUUGGCGAUUAACCGUGGAGUCAGCGCUUUGUAUGCGUGCUGCUAAAAAUUCUGACUACAACGCGCUCGAUGCACCCAAGAAGACAGGAACAGGCGUCCUCCAAAUCCUUGAUCACGCGGACGUCGGCGCAACGCGUAGCUCGACACCAGACUCUCUCAGGAGCCCCAGCCCCGAUGCAAUUUCAUAUCCAAACGCUGUCAUUUCGUUAACAGUUUACAACCGUAUCUCUUAUCUUCCAGGCUUCUUGACGCGCUCCUCACAACACGCUGUACUGUCAACGCAAACAUUGGGUGAUCUACUGCGCGUCCUGCCGUGCGCCUCCAGUAAUAUGCCAAUGGAAGAGCUAGACGCCGAAGGAGAUGUAUCUGGCUAUAAUAUCACCAAUCAAACAAGAGACCACGUCGGAUGUUUGUUCUGCAUCGAGGACCUUAUCUACGGAGAUGGCAGAGAAACAGCCGAUUAUGCGGAAAAAUUAAUAACUCACAUUCAAAAAUCGCCUGAAGACAAACGGCCACAAAUCAAAAAAGCCUCGACCUCUGUCAGUGAAACCACCUUCAACGCGCUCACGUUGAGAAUUCACCAACCUUACUGGAUACUGCAUCAAGGCAAUUGCGAACACUUUUUCGUCAUCGAUCAGAUCAGACUCGCCCACGCUUCAGAUCCGCCGUCAGGCUAUCCAUUGAUGCUCCACCUCGCCCCAACGGUUCAAGAUCUCUGUCGUGCCUGUGGGAAAGUCCCAGCUGUACAUUCAAUCGUGGGUGACAUGCGUCUCGGUGAAAGUCCGUGCCUCUUGUGCGCACCUUGUUGGCGCACGAUGGGUCCUCCCAAAAAUGAUGAAGGCGUGAUGAUUGUACCCCUAGUAAUACCUUUCAUAAAUCAAUGA